AAUAUAAGUGACGGCCAUAUUUGCCGGUGCUGCUACCGCUGUAAACAACCCAAAGUGUCUGAGAGACACAGAGACGCUCCACUGAAUGUCAGGACAUUUUUAUUUCUUGAAUUUACAAUGUCUCUAGGAAUGUCUUACAAGCCCAACUUGAACGCCCACCUCCCUGGGACUUCCAUCAACCAGGCUGGAAGUGUUCACUCUCCCUCCACAAGUAUGGCAUCAUCUGCACAAUACAGACAGCUUAUAAAUGAUUAUGGACCCCCAUCGCUAGGCUAUACACAAGGGAUGCAGGGUACCAGCAGCAGUCAAGUACCACAAAGCAAAUAUGCAGAACUUCUAGCUAUCAUAGAAGAAUUAGGAAAAGAAAUUAGACCUACAUAUGCUGGAAGUAAAAGUGCCAUGGAGAGGUUAAAACGAGGCAUCAUUCAUGCCAGAGGAUUAGUUCGGGAAUGCUUGGCUGAGACUGAACGGAAUGCAAGAUCCUAGCCUACUAAUUAUGUUACAAGACUUUCCAUCUCUUUAUGAAGAAAAAACACUUGUUCCUUUUGAAACAUUCAGAUAAAUCUUUUUUUAUUUUAAACGUUUUACCUUUUUUUGCCCUAAUGAAAAUGUACAGUUAAGAAUGAGAAGAUUUUUCAAUUUACUGAGGGUUUUGCAUUUUUUAAGAUGUUAAACUCCCCAAAUUCUUCCCGAAAGGUUGACUAAAACUGCAUGCAGAAGGGUGCUUUCUCUCCCACAGACUAUACUUCAGUUCCCUUCUUUCCCAGCCACAGUCUCAUUCUUUUUAUUUCUUUGACUAUAUUCACUUAACCUGACAUGGUCAAUCUUUCACCUUUUGACAUAAGCUCUAAGGAUUAAAAAAAAAAUAACUGCAGAGGUAGCAUGUUUUACCUAUUAGUCAGCUGUACUCAGUUAGCAUAGACCCUGCUUAGAAAUAACCUUUUUUUUGCAUAAGCAUUUGCAUGAUUGUUAGUGCUUUGAAGUCCAUUUAAAGUGCAUGAGUUAUAAAUAAAGAAGAUAGAGCAACCUAACAGACAAUAACAAGAUCCCAGAUAACUAAUUUUCAUCCUAAGGCUGAAGAUUUCAAUUGUAAGUUUGCCAAAAAACAAAAUUCUAGAUAAAUUACUAAAAUUGUUAUUUGCAUCUUUGUAUGUAUUUAUUACUUGAUGUAAUAAAGCUUAUUUUCAUUAACAAUUUGUAUUAAAACUAUGUCCGGUCACUUUAAUCAACCUUAUGAUAAAAGUACAAAAGUAGUCAGGAGACAGGAGCCUCAAGUUCAAGAAUAGACUAGAGAACAGGGUUGCAGACUGCUGGAGAUGUUUCAUUCAUAGUGCUGACCUGAUGCAGUCAGUCACGCAGGAAGCAUGUAAGACUACUACUUGCCAGCUCCAUUACUACUUAUAAAAGUGCUUGGCAGUUCUCUCAACACUAUGAACUCCAUGCUGAAAAAUGUCUCUUCCCCUCCCUUCAUGGCUGGAGGUUAGGAAUUAUGAUAGCAGCCAGUGGGUAUGUGGAGGGAUGGAAAGUUCAAGGGAUGUGAUUUGACACUUUUUUUACAUUCCAUUAAGCUGGAAGAUCACC